UUAAACACGCGUUUGGAUCAUCGCGGCGCCGCCGAAUCAGAGAGCCGCCGCGUCUUGAGGCCUCCGUUGGACAGCCAUGGAGGACGACGCUCCGGUGAUCUAUGGGCUGGAGUUCCAGGCACGAGCUUUAACACCCCAGACCGCAGAAACAGAUGCAAUACGGUUUCUGGUUGGAACUCAGUCUCUUAAAUAUGAUAAUCAGAUUCACAUCAUAGAUUUUGAUGAUGAAAAUAACAUUAUAAACAAAAAUGUUCUUCUGCAUCAAGUUGGUGAAAUUUGGCACAUAAGUGCCAGUCCAGCUGACAAAGGUGUGCUUGCAACCUGCUACAGUAAAACUUCAGACAGUAAAGUCAUGACAUGUGCGGCUGUUUGGAGGAUGCCGAAGGAAUUGGAAUCAGGCAGUCAUGAAUCCCCUGAUGAUUCAUCAAGCAACGCUCAAACCCUGGAGCUACUCUGUCACCUUGACAACACGGCCCAUGGCAAUAUGGCCGGUGUUGCAUGGGAGCCGAUGGGAGAUGGCAAAAGAUUAAUUUCUGUGGCUGAUAAUCACUUGCUUCUGUGGGAUUUGCAAGAAAGCUCAAGCAAGGCAGUGCUGUCAAAUUCCGUCGCCUUGGAAGGAAAGGGACAGUUGAAGUUUACCUCCGGACGAUGGAGUCCCCACCAUAAUUGCACUCAGGUUGCGACAGCAAACGACACUGCCAUUCGAGGAUGGGAUAUACGCACUAUGACCCAAAUAUAUUGUAUAGAAAAUGCUCAUGGACAGCUGGUGAGGGACCUAGAUUUUAAUCCCAACAAACAGUACUAUCUGGCUAGCUGCGGAGAUGACUGCAAGGUGAAAUUCUGGGACACCAGAAACGUCAGUGAGCCAGUGAAGACACUGGAAGAGCAUUCCCACUGGGUCUGGAACGUCCGCUACAAUCAUUCCCAUGACCAAUUAGUGCUGACAGGCAGCAGUGACAGCAGAGUCAUCCUUUCCAACAUGGUAUCCAUUUCUUCUGAACCUUUUGGGCACCUGGUAGAUGAUGAUGAACUUAGCGACCAGGAAGACCACCAGGAGGACAAGGUUUUUGUGUACACACCUAAACGGAUUAAAGAACCACUUCAGGACAGGAUAAUAGCUACCUAUGAAGAACAUGAAGACAGUGUCUAUGCAGUGGAAUGGUCUUCAGCCGACCCAUGGCUAUUUGCCUCGUUAAGUUAUGAUGGGCGGCUUGUUAUUAACAGAGUUCCCAGAGCUCUUAAAUACCACAUACUGUUAUAAAUCUGUUCACAUUUCUUCAGCUUCAUUAUCUCAAUAUUGGCUGAUAAUUGGAAAUACUCCAUUUCUCAAAUAAGUGUCAUGAAAGGAAUACCAACCCUUUUCCCUCUAGUGUAAAUAUUUGAAAAUUAAAAGAACUGCUAUGAAAAUCA